AUGUCAAACGAUCCGUCGAUGAACACUGCGCUGCUGAACUUCUGCACAUCUGUCAGCGCGGGGUCGGGAAACGGAACUCGCGGCGCAGCCCCGCAUCGCAACCCGGAGGAGUUGCAGUGGCUUAAGGAGGCGCUGGCGUCCGUUGAGGCGCCGGAGCGGCAGAUCAAACGUCUUUUGGAAACUGUCUCACGCGAUGAGGUCACGGAGGACGAGUGCGUCGCCGCGCUUGAGGAGCUGAGUGAGUUGGUUGAGGACGUCAAUUGGGCUAUUGAGUUCUCGCUCAUGAGUGGUCACCGCGUCUUGCUGGAGCUGCUGCGCAGGGAACAGCUGGCGCCGAAAAGCGAGCAGGUUCGUCAGGCGGCGGCGAUGGUCAUUGCCCACUCUGCUCAGCUUAACGAGAGAGUGCAAAAGUGUUUUGAGGAGGCGCAAUGGCAGGCGGUGCUGCUGCCAUUGCUGCGAGAGGAGAAGUCUCCUGCUGCAUUGGCCGCUCUCCUGCACAGCUGUAGCUGUCUUUGUCGUGAGUACGCCCCAAAUGUCCUUCUUUUUAGCAAGGCCGGGGGAAACGAACUCAUCGUUGCCAUGUUGGCAGCGCAUGGUUUGGAAGGAAGCAACGACAAGAAGAUUCUUAAGCGGGUGCUGUUUCUCCUAAGUUAUCUCGCGGACGUGCUCGAUAUCGCCACAGAAGAUCUGCUUCGCUGCAUCUCUGUGCAUGCCGCGAACACGGAUGAAGACGUGCAAACCUCUGUGGCGCAAGUCCUCAUUGUCUGUGCCAAAAAAUCCUGCGCCAUUGUCAAGCGGGUGUUGAAUGAGGUGGCGCCCGAGUGUCCCGCACGCUGGAGGAGCGCCUUGCUUGACGAGGACGACCCCAGGAAGCAGCUGGUACGUAAACUGGAGAAAGAGGACCACGACGGAUAA